AUGAAUCCAAUAAGAAAGAAGAGAAACCUCUUUAAAAUUAUCAUACUAGGAGAUAGUGGUGUAGGAAAAACUUCUCUUUUAAAUCAAUACGUAACAAAACAAUUCUCAUCUCAAUACAAAGCAACUAUUGGUGCUGAUUUUAUGACAAAAGAUAUUACAAUAAAUGACCAACAAAUUUCUUUACAAAUUUGGGAUACUGCCGGUCAUGAGAGGUUUGCUUCUUUUGGAACUGCAUUUUACAGAGGUGCAGAUGUUUGUAUGUUAGUUUGUGAUGUUACAGUUGCAGAAUCAUUUGAACAUCUUGAGGUUUGGAGAAAGGAAUUCAUCAGUGGUGGAAAUCCUAGUGAUCCUGAAUCAUUCCCUUAUGUUGUUAUUGCAAACAAAAAUGAUUGUGAACCAGCUAAUCGUGCUGUAAGUUCUGACCAAUUAAGGCAAUGGUGUAUUACUAAUGGGUAUGAAUUCUUUGAAUGUUCUGCUAAGACUGGAUGGAAUGUUGACAGUGCCUUCACUAAAGCUGCUACUCUUGUUGCAAUGAGACAAAAAGAGGUUCCACAACCAGAACCAUUACCAAGCGUCCAAAUUGAUCUUCAACCAGAUAAAACACAAUCAUCUUGUAGCUGCUAA